AUGCACUUUGGGCCUACCGAACUUCUAGGAAAGAUCAAAGAAAUCUUAGAAAAGACCUUAGGAACUUCUAGGAAAGAUUGGUCUAGAAAACUGGACAAUGCACUUUGGGCCUACCGAACUGCAUACAAAACCCCACUAGGAACAACCCCAUUUCACAUACUCUAUGGAAAAUCCUGUCACUUACCGGUUGAGCUAGAACAUAAGGCAGCAUGGGCUAUAAAAUUAUUAAAUUUCGACAUCAAACCAGCUGCCGAAGAGAGACUAAUGCAGCUUAACGAGCUGGAUGAAAUAAGACACUUAGCCUAUGAGAAUUCAAAGAUCUAUAAAGAGAAAACGAAAGCAUAUCAUGAUAAAAAGAUCAUCUCCAGGCACUUCAAACCAAAUGAUCAAGUGCUGUUAUAUAACUCUCGGCUUACGCUGUUUCCCGAAAAACUCCGAUCUCGUUGGUCAGGUCCUUUCACUGUUGUGGAUGUCAAACAUUAUGGAGCCAUCACACUUAUAAACGAUAAAGGAGAAGAAUUUACAGUGAAUGGUCAACGAGUGAAACACUACUGGGCUAAACCGCCAAUUAGCAGGCCUUUAAACUUAGGCCUUCUUCCUGAUAAUUAG